CCGGGUUUCUUCAGUCAGCUGACUGACUGGCGGGCUCGCUGAAGCCACUUCCCCUUCUUUAUCUCGAACACAACAGGACAGUGAUCAUGCGUGGACUCAUCUGUGGACCCAAAUGCGCCGCGUGUGGACUCGUCCUGAGUGUGUGGGGAGUUAUAAUGUUGUCAUUGUUGGGGAUAUUCUUCACCACACACUCAGCUGUGCUCAUUGAAGAUGUGCCUGUGAAAAAGGAAGAUAUCCACCAAGAUGCAAACCCACCUCACAGGAUUUAUGACCUGUAUAACAAAGUAGGCAACAACUGCUUCAUAGCAGCAGCUAUCUAUUUGGUCGUUGGAGCCUUCUCCUGCUGCCAGAUGAGACUUAACAAGCAGAAGGAAGUGGGAAAGCAACUAGUGGCAUUGAAGAAACGGAUGUUAUUUGUGAUGGAGUUACGACUUGGGGGGAAUAUAGGACAAGGAGACAAAAGCUUACCAGUACAGGUGGAGGAGAACUGGCACGGCCGUCAGGAGCACCAUGGGGUUUAGUGUCUUUCCCAAGGACACAUCUGGCCGCUGGGAAUCGUACUCACAACCUUCAAGUUGAACGAUGACUCGCUCUACCACUGAGCAAUCGCCGCUCAGACUGAUGUUGCGGCAAGGCAGCUGCUCCUGCCUCCUGGGUGGAGUGACUCAUGGUUGUGAGAAGUGGAAAGGUAACUUUACAGGAGGGUUGCUGAGUCGGAUUCCAGAGAGGUCUCUCACCGAAAAAUCCUGACUUAAACCCUACAGGCCAGGGGUCUUCAAUGUUUUUCAGGCCAAACUGAUGGACAGAUGGAGCAGGGACCUCCACUACUACCAUUAGAUAUAUAUUAUGUAUAACAUAGUUUUUGUAUGAUAUUAACUUUGGGCCUAGUGCCAUGUAUAAAUGUACCUUGUCAUUGUGGUUUCACUACUAAGAUAUUCAAAUAAUACACAGAUUCAUAUAUUCAUGUUUUUAUUUUAAACAUGUGUAUGGUACAGUGAGUAGGGUGGCCAUUUGUAAACGUACCUUGUCAACUGAUACCAAUGUCAAUUCCAGCAAUGUCUGUGAAUUGCUUGAUAUUCAUGCGUACAAGCAUUUUUAUUUUAGACAAAAAUGUGGAAACGAAAAUGACUGAUGGCUUAUUUGUGCCACUGCCAUGCAUAAACAAUUACCACGGAAAUGUCUAAAAUCUCAAUUUUAUUCAUGUAUUUCUGUUCAGUGCCAGAUGGAGUCUGUGCUCUGGUCAUGGAGCAGGUACUGAACAAAUCUUUUUAAUGAACUGAUUCUAAUUAUUCAGUACAUCGAAAACAACUACCUUACAAGUCACUAGUCACUAGUUUGUGUAAAACAAAGUCACGGCAGUUUCAUGCAGCCAUGGCUGCGUCGUACAAAUUGUGAUGGAAAACCAACCGAACCAUGUAGAGGCGAGGCGAGCUUAGACUGUAUAGUGGAAACACGGCAUAAAUAAAUAGUGCUGGUCCCAAGCCCGGAUAAAUGGGAGGGUGAACAUCUGGUGUAAAGAAAAUAUCUGCCAAAUAAAAUACGCAAAUCACUGAAAAAAUAGGUGAUUUGUGGUAAAGAC